GGCUGGGCGGGCCGGGCCGCGGUCCUGCUGAGGAGGGGAGCAGCGGCAGCCGCACCAUGAGUCCGCCCGUGGCCGGAGAGAAGCGGCCGGCUCUGGUCACCUGCACGGCGCCGGUCAACAUCGCGGUGGUCAAGUACUGGGGAAAACGUGACGAAAAGCUGAUCCUGCCUAUUAAUUCAUCCCUCAGCGUCACCCUGCACCAAGAUCAGCUGAAAACGACCACCACAGCCGCCCUCAGCCGGGACUUCACGGAGGACCGCCUCUGGCUGAACGGGGAGCCGGCCGAUAUCGAACACCCCCGUCUCCAGUCUUGCCUGCGGGAAAUCCGUCGUCUGGCUAGGAAGCGCCGCGGCGAGAGAAGUGGGGGUGACGAGGGGGACCCCCCUCCCCUGAGCUACAAAGUCCACCUAGCCUCGGAGAACAAUUUCCCCACUGCGGCGGGCUUGGCCUCUUCUGCUGCUGGCUAUGCUUGCCUGGUCUACACCCUGGCCCGGCUCUAUGGCGUGGAGGGGGACCUUUCUGAAAUUGCUCGCCAGGGCUCUGGGAGUGCCUGCCGAAGUAUGUUCGGGGGCUUCGUGCAGUGGAUGAUGGGGGACGAUGCCGACGGCAAAGACAGCGUGGCCCAACAGGUGGUGCCAGAGACGCACUGGCCGGAGCUGCGGGUCUUGAUCCUGGUGGUGAGUGCAGAGAAGAAGGUGGUGGGCAGCACGGCUGGAAUGCAGACCAGUGUAAAGACCAGCCUCCUGUUGAAGCACCGUGCCAAGGCUGUGGUCCCGGAGCGCAUGGCCCAGAUGGCCCACCACAUCCGGCAGAGGGAUUUUGAGGCCUUCGGUCAGCUCACCAUGAAGGACAGCAACCAGUUCCACGCCACCUGCUUGGACACCUUCCCGCCCAUCUUCUACCUCAACGACACCUCCAAGCAAGUGAUAGCCCUGGUCCACCGCUUUAACGCCCACCACGGGGAAACCAAAGUGGCCUACACAUUCGAUGCCGGUCCCAACGCCGUCCUUUUCCUGCUGGAUGAGACCCUGGAGGAAUUUGUGGGUGUGGUCCAACGUAGCUUCCCCCCCAAGAGUAAUGGAGACCAGUUUCUUAAAGGUCUCCCCGUGAAGGCAGUGAGUCCCUCGGAGGAGCUGCUGGCGGAGGUGGUUCGGGAUCCUAUCCCAGGAGCCAUCCAGUACCUGCUGAUCACCAAGCCCGGCCCAGGACCAUCAGUGGUGGACGAUGGGAGCUGCCAUCUCCUGGGAGAAGACGGGAUGCCUCGAAGCAGCAGCUGAGCCAAGACCAACUCCUCUCCCCACAGCCAGCCUGUUGGAGGGGGGAGGUUUGGGCCGAUAGUCGCCUUUGGGAUAAUUUUUGAGGGUCUUUUCCUGUCCUCCGCACCUGUUUCAUACUCUGCUCUUUGAUUCGGUGCCUCGAGACUUGUGGCCCAUAAUUAUUUAUAUAAAUUAAUAAUCUUCAAUUUCUUUCAUAUGGUUUUAUUAUUAAAGACAGGUUUCUAAAAUAAA